AUGUCUGAUCGUGGCCGGGCUCCCGGCCCCUCUGGGGAAGGCUCGUCUGGUUCUCGGCCUCCCUCCAAGGCACGUCAAGUUUCUGCCCCAGGAAGUCGAACGGGCUCGCCUUCGCCGUCUGGAUGGGCCCCAGGUCUUGGCUACGAUCCCGCCAAACCACUUGCUCAGCCCGACAAGGGAAACACCAGGAUGGAACUGCCCCCCGAUGCCUACGUAACCGAAGGGCAAAAGGAUAUAUUUGCUUUGAGAGGCAAUAAAUACAACACAGAGGGUAGCAAGGCCGUUGUUGAAGUGAACCAGUAUCGAAUGAAGAAGUUCGGCUUCCCAAGGAAGAUUUACCAAUACGAUGUGAUUAUUUCUCCAGAUCACGAACGAAAGUCGGUUCUCAUGAAGAAGAUUUGGACCAACGCAGCUACAAAGACAGCGUUGCAAAAGUACCAAUACAACAUGUGGAUCUUUGAUGGGCGUAAACUCGCCUGGGCACCAGGCAUGGUUGAUCGUGGUGAAAUUCGUUUCACUGUCGACCUGGAUGAGGAAAAGCGGCCACCCGGUGCCACGGUACGAGAAGGCGCUCGGUUUCACGUGACCCUGCGAGCAACUACCGAAGUCCAAGUCGGCGCAAUUCAAGGAUAUUUGGAUCGCAAGAUCCAGUUCAACACAAAUGUCCAGGUCGCACUGAACUUUAUGGACCAUGUCUUGCGUCAAUGGCCGUCACAGCAUAUGACGGCCAUCGCAAGAAAAUUUUACAGUGCCACGGAGCGUGGCCGGCCUCUGCUGGACGGCAACGUUCUCGAAGUUCACAAGGGGACGUAUGCCUCUAUUCGCAUGAGCCACAAUAUUGCUCGCGGCGGGACCGGCUUGGCCCUUAACGUUGAUGUUACUAACACGGUGUUUUGGACCGGGCCCCAGCCUGUAGACCAACUCAUGUGCAACUUCCUAGCCUUUUGUGAUCGUAGGUGGAAGGGUCUGAAUCCUUCGACAGUCAGUCAAGUGCUUCGACCUGUGAGAAACAAAGAUGGCCGAUAUCAGUCAUCAGAUGCAUUUAAGAACUUACGAAAGUUGAGAAAAUUGAAGUUUACUGUCACGCAUGCCAAUCGACCUCCAAGUAACAAAGUAUACACCAUCAUGGACUUCGCUUUUGAUGAAAAAUAUGGAGGCGAGGGCGCCACGGCUAGAACUGUCACUUUUGACUACAAUGGAAACCAGAUUUCAGUCGCCGACUAUUACAAACAAAAGUACAAGGCGCAUCUGAAGUACCCUAGUCUUCCUCUCAUCUUCGCUGGCAGAGGGGGGUUUGUGCCUAUGGAGUUUGCCAUUAUCGAGCCGAUGCAGCGUUACAGCUUCAAGCUUACGCCUGACCAGACGGCUGCCAUGAUCAAAAUUGCAGUCACAAGGCCUCAGCAGCGUCGGGCCGACACUGAGAGGAACUACCAGGGCCUUCAACUGUCGACAGAUCCAUAUUUGAAACAGUAUGGGAUCGAAUUUGAAACUGCAUUCACCCAGACUGAAGCUCGAAUUCUACCACCCCCCCAAGUCAACUUUGGGCAGGGAAAUGCAGAUCCCAAGUUUUCAGGUCGCUGGGAUCUUCGCGGUAAGAAAUUCUGGAAACCGAAUGUUGCGCCGUUGCAGAAUUGGGCCUUCAUCGUUAUGGAUGCCUGCGUUGGCUACCCGCAAUUGCAAAAUUUUGCAAAAACGUUCCGCAACACGUUCCUUUCCCAUGGGGGCAGAUGCCCGGCAGAUGCCCUCUUGUUGAACGUGCCGGGAGAUGUGAAAAAUGAUGUCGCUCAAGCCAUAGCCUGGGCUCACAAGCAAAUCUGCUCGCAAAGGGGCUUCACACAGUUGCUCUUCGUGGUUGUUCAGCACAAGAACAGCCCCCAUUAUGAACGGCUCAAGAAAUCUGCAGAUUGUCGAUUCGGCAUACUUUCGCAGGUUGUCAAUGGUGCGGCAGUCGUCAACAACAAUGGCCAGUACCACUCCAAUGUGUGUAUGAAGGUCAAUGCCAAGCUUGGGGGAACUACCUCUCGCACUCUCCCACCAUGGAAAAGUCAGCCAACCUACUUUCCAAAGGACCGCCCAACAAUGGUCAUUGGCGUCGACAUCUCGCACGGGGCCCCUGGAGGUGGCUCGCCGUCUACGGCUGCCAUGACCAUGUCUGUUGACCGGGACGCAAACAGAUAUGCCGCCGUGGUGGAAUCCAACGGGUACCGUGUGGAGAUGCUUACCGCCGCAAAUGUUCACUUUAUGUUUGGGCAGUUGGCCAAAUAUUGGAUGGCUGGUCAUGAAGGUGCUUUCCCCAAGCACAUCAUUUACUUUCGAGAUGGUGUGGGUGAAGGACAGUUUGCUCAAGUCUUGGACCAGGAAAUUCGGGAGAUCAAGACGUAUCUCCGAGAAAAGGCGCCAAGUGCUCAAUUACCCAAGUUUACCGUGAUUAUCGCCACUAAAAGACAUAGUAUCCGCUUCUACCCACAGCGGGGAGACAGAAAUGGCAAUGCACUGCCAGGGACUCUUGUUGAGCAUGAGGUAACUCAUCCCUUCAUGUGGGACUUUUACCUGUGUUCGCAUGUCGCCAUUCAGGGUACAGCCCGGCCUGUACACUAUCACGUCAUCCUGGAUGAAAUGGGGACUCCAGUCAAUGACUUGCAGAAGAUGAUUUAUCAACAAUGCUACUCAUACGCUCGCUCCACUACACCUGUUUCUUUGCAUCCGGCUGUUUACUACGCGCACUUGGCAGGUGCCCGAGCACGAGCACACGAGAACAUUGCCACCAGCGAAGGAUUUAGGGCUGGUGGCAAGGGUCACGAAUUAAUCCGCGACCAAAUUGCCAGGGGACAGACAAUGGGGGGCCCGCCGCGAGGAACGGAUGCGCCUCCGCUGCUUCAGCUUGGAGGAAAGCCGGAGGGAGACAAGCCGCCUGCCGACGGCGAGAUGCGACAGAGAGAUUUCUUUAGGGGCACCAUGUGGUACAUCUGA